UCGGGUGCCUCUUUGGAGGCGGCGGCUGCGCGACGUGCGUCGCCGGUCUCUCUUCCGGACGGGAGAGCAGGCAUGGCGGCUCAGUGGGCGCUGCAAAGGACGGUGGCGACGGUGGCCCCCGCGGGCAGGCACACGGCUUCUGUCAUCUUCCUGCAUGGCUCAGGUGAUACUGGCCAAGGAGUAAGAGACUGGAUCAAGCAGGUUUUGAAUCAGGAUUUGUGUUUCCAACACAUAAAAAUCAUUUAUCCAACAGCUCCUGCAAGACCCUAUACGCCUAUGAGAGGGAGCUGGUCCAAUGUGUGGUUUGACAGAUAUAAGAUCUCCCCAGAUUGCCCAGAACAUACUGAAACCAUUGAUUCAAUGUGUCAAACACUUACAGGUUUGAUUGAUGAUGAAGUGAAAAACGGCAUCAGGAAGAACAGGAUACUUCUGGGUGGCUUUUCAAUGGGUGGAGGCAUGGCGCUGCAUUUAGCCUAUAGAUACCACCCAGAUGUGGCUGGAGUGUUUGUUCUCUCGGGUUUCCUCAAUAAGAACUCUGCUGUUUACCAGGUACUGAAGAAGGAUGGAAAAGAAUUCCCAGAACUCUUCCAGUGUCAUGGGACGGCUGAUGAACUGGUUCUGUAUUCUUGGGGUGAGGAGACCAACAAGAUCUUAAAGUCCCUGGGAGUAACAACAACGUUUGUGACCUUGCCAAACCUGUAUCAUGAACUGAACAGAAGUGAGCUUGAAAAACUGCAAGCUUGGAUUCUGAAGAAAUUACCAGAAGAGACCUGAAUAAUGAGCAAUAAUGUUCCCAGCCUUAGGGGCCCAAAUGUUCUUGGACUUCAACUCCCAGAAGCCUUCACCACUAGCUGUGCUAACAAGGGCUUCUGGAGAUUGCAGUCCAAGAAUGUCUGGGAACCUGAAGUUGGGGCCACUGAACUAUACAUUAUUAUGCAUCCGAUAUAUAGAACUAAUAUAUCCAUGUAAUAUUUUACAUGAAUGAUUCUGUGUUCUGCUACUUUCCAUUUUGUAGUAUGUACUUCCUAUUGAUAGAAAUAUUUGUUUCAGAAUAAUUAAAAACAUUAAAAGCUCUUGGAAUGGUGAAUUGCUAUACUUUUUAUUUGGUCUAUUCCUCAGAUUUUUGUGGGAUAUUAAAUAGCAUGAAGUGGAUUUAUCAAGCCCUAACAGAAUCACAUCUUAUUAUGAUACGGAAACACACAUGCACUCAUACACAGGGUGAGCUAAUGAAGUCUGUACAUGUAUGUAAUAAUUUUUUGUUAUUACUAUGAAUCCAAGCAGAGCAUUGAAUAGUUAAGUACUGUGUAAGAGGCCCACAUAUCCCUUUUAUAUACCCCUGACAGUUCAUGACAAAGAUCAAUUGCCAUUGUAUAUAUGGGAUUCUGUGUAUGGAUGUCAAAAUCUGCCAGUUUUGUUUCUCUGAACAACACUGGCAUUCUUACCCUGUCUCUGUUCCACAUUAGAGUUACAAGAAAUUUUUUUUCCUAUCUGCAGUGGAAAUUUGUAACUAUUUUUGUGUAUGUAUGCACUCUACGUGGUGGCGCUGCGGGCUAAACCGCAGAAGCCUGUGCUGCAGGGUCAGAAGACCAAGCAGUCGUAAGA